UUUGUUAGACAUGGAUAAAAUUUUUAAAGACGAAAUGAUUUCCAACUUACAACAAAUAAUUUAUUUAUUAAUAUAUUCUUUAUUUAUAAUUUUAGUAAUAAAAAUUUAUUUUAUAUGUACCAUGGGUUGGAAUAAAAGUAAUGUUUGUUUAAUAGGAAAAACCGUUUUAAUAACAGGCGGAAAUUCAGGAAUGGGUUAUCAAACAGCUUUAAUGUUAGCUAGUAGAGGUGCAAAAAUCAUUUUAGCAGAUAAAGACGAUUUAAUCCAAUCGAAAAAGAAAAUAAUCGAAGAAACCAAAAAUGAUAAAAUAAUCACGAAAUAUCUAGAUUUAUCGAAUUUAGACACAGUCAAAUCGCUUGCUAAAGAAAUUAACGAAGAAGAGGAUCGGUUAGAUGUUUUAAUAAAUAAUGCGGGAAUUUCGGGGUAUUUCCCCGGAUUUACUAAAGAUGGAUUACAAUUUUUAAUGCAAGUGAAUUAUUUUGGACCGUUUUUAUUAACACAUCUCUUAAUACCUUUAUUAAAAAAAUCAGCUCCGAGUAGGAUCAUUUUUGUUAGCUCAAUUGCUGCUUUUUUUCCAUCGAAUUUUAGGGUUGAUUAUUUAAAUAAUGACCCAAAAACUUUAUUUGAGAAAAAUUUUCACUACGUUAACUCAAAACUUUGUAAUGAUAUUGCAUCAAUUGGUUUUGCGAAAAAAUUAAUGAACACUGGAGUCACUUGUAAUGCUUUAAACCCGGGGUUAGUCAAAACAGCCUUGCUAAAAACAGCUAUAAAAGUUUCUGGAUUAAGUUUUUUCACACCAAUUUUAAACGUUUUGGUGUUAUUAUUUGGGAAGACGUCUUAUGAAGGAGCACAAACUCAUGCUUAUCUAGCGAUGGCUGAGGAAGUUAAAAAUAUCACUGGAGCAUUUUUUUCGGAUUGCAAGCAAUGGGGUCAUCCUUGGGUAACGAGGAAUAAAGAGCUUUGUAAAGCCGUUUGGGAAGAAAGUGAAAAAUUUGUAAAGUUAUCAUCAAAAGAUAAAAUAUAAAUAAAUAUUUAUUUAGAACCCAAUAAAGUUAUAAUUUCUCAUUUGGU